AUGGAAUCUGCAGGAGGUGGUCGGGGUGGAUUUCGAGGUGCAUUUGGUGCUAGAGGAAGAGGGCGCGGUCGAGGACGUGGUCGCGGAAGAGGUCGGGGCCGUGGAGUUGUUGCUAAAGAAUGGAAGCCUGUAACCCAACUAGGCCGACUGGUGUACGACAAAAAGAUAACAACACUGGAGGAAAUAUACAUGUUCAGUCUUCCUAUAAAAGAGUUUGAGAUCAUAGACACACUCUUAGGAUCAAACCUUAAAGAUGAAGUGUUGAAAAUUAUGCCUGUUCAGAAACAAACUUGCGCCGGUCAGCGAACUCGAUUCAAGGCGAUAGUUGCAAUGGGUGAUCACAAUUGCCAUGUAGGGCUUGGUGUGAAGUGUGCCAAAGAAGUUGCUACUGCCAUAAGAGGGGCUAUUAUUCAGGCAAAAUUGUCAAUUAUACCUGUGAGAAAGGGAUAUUGGGGUAACCUUAUUGGUAAACCACACACUGUGCCCUGUAAAGUAACAGGGAAGUGUGGUUCUGUGUCUGUACGAUUGAUACCCGCACCUCGAGGUACAGGAAUUGUUGGUGCUCCAGUCCCAAAGAAGCUUCUGCAAAUGGCUGGUAUCGAUGACGUGUACACAAGUGCUCGCGGUCAAACAUCAACUUUAGGAAAUUUCGCCAAAGCAACGUAUGCUGCCAUACGGGCUACUUAUGAAUACCUUACCCCCGACCUGUGGAAUGUUGCUCCAAAAGGAAAACACCUCUUUAUCGAACACUCGGAUUAUCUUUGUAAAGCUGCAAAACAGGUUUGA